AACCUCUCAUACUUCGAAUUAUUGAAUUCUGAGAACUUAAAGUUUACAGAAUAUUCAAGAGUUACAAGUAAAUCGGAAAAUGUUACGACUUUGUCGAUCAUUUGUCUCCCAGUGCGGAUGCCACAUGAGUCGCCGUUGUCACGGCACCUUAUCCAAUCCAGAGACACAUGUCCACACGGUCGAGGAGGUAGAGGAGUUGCCGAAGCCCGAGGAGAGACUCAGCGAACGUUACUUAAAGUUCCGGGAAAAGUUGCGAUCGAAUGCACCUCUAACUCCCAUGCCCGAAGGUGCACCGCAUCCGGCUCACGAGCAGGAGCCCCUCGUGCCCUGGCCCAACGGCGUUAACCCACAUACCGGGGAAAUCGGAGGACCUGCGGGACCUGAACCCACGCGCUAUGGCGACUGGGAGCGCAAGGGACGGGUCACGGACUUCUAGCAAACAGCAUCGAAGUAUCUCCACCUCGACACCUUUGUUUGGACAAUUCUGAUUUAUUAACCGUGUUAACAACAGAAGCACUCACAAUUGGUUACACUCACGAUAGGAUGGGCGAGGAAAGUCUGUUCUGCGCCACGGUAGCCCGGGAAUCCAGAUCAAGAUGAAGUAAAUCAAGAUUCCCCUAACCGGUGUAAGAGCGCUUCUGCGAAGGCAUUACAUAAAUUUCUAUUGUGUGA